AGCAGCAGUAGGUGACAUUCUCUAUUACUUUAAUCCGCUGCUCCGACACUUGAGCGUUACAUAGUUACGCUUCCAGCGCAGCAGACAGGAAAGGAGGUGGUGGACAUGGCGGCCCCGGUGUGAAGCGGAUGGGCCAGAGGAGUAAAGUCUGGCAGCGGAGAGUCAGACCCACCAUGGCUGUUGUAUGCAUUCCUUAAAGGAGGAAGGCACUGAGGGUUGCCAUGACUACAGGCGACUGUUGCCACCUUCCAGGUUCCUUGUGUGAUUGUACUGACAGCGCCACCUUCCUGAAGUCUUUGGAGGAGUCAGAUUUAGGGAGGCCACAGUAUGUCACCCAAGUAACUGCCAAAGAUGGACAGCUGCUGUCUACAGUGAUCAAGGCUCUGGGUACACAAAGUGAUGGUCCUAUCUGUCGAAUAUGCCAUGAAGGUGGAAAUGGAGAGAGACUGUUGUCCCCCUGUGAUUGCACGGGAACCUUGGGGACAGUACAUAAAACUUGCCUGGAAAAAUGGCUGUCCUCUUCUAAUACAAGCUAUUGUGAACUGUGUCACACAGAAUUUGCUGUCGAAAGAAGACCAAGGCCUGUGACAGAAUGGCUUAAGGACCCAGGACCCCGGCAUGAAAAGAGGACCCUUUUCUGUGACAUGGUGUGUUUCCUAUUCAUCACUCCAUUAGCUGCCAUUUCUGGCUGGUUGUGUCUUCGUGGAGCACAAGAUCACUUGCAGUUUAACAGUCGACUGGAAGCUGUCGGCCUCAUUGCUCUCACUAUAGCACUUUUUACUAUCUAUGUUCUUUGGACAUUGGUGUCAUUCCGCUACCACUGUCAGUUAUACUCUGAGUGGAGACGGACCAAUCAGAAAGUACUGUUGCUGAUUCCAGACUCCAAAACAGCUACUACAAUUCAUCAUUCCUUUCUAUCCUCCAAACUUUUAAAGUUUGCAUCAGAUGAGACUACUGUAUGAGAUCUCAUAAAUGGACCACCAUGAAAUCCAUUGGAGCUGGGAGCUGGGAAAGCAAGUUUACCCCCACCAUAUAAUUAGAAACUGGGGAACCUGUUUUGUUUCCCUGUUAACAGUUUUAGAACCAUUUUUGUUCUGUUGUAUUUUAUUUUAUUUUUGUUUUUUUAUUUAAUUCUGUCUGCUAGGUAAAGCCACUAGAAUGAACUUUGCUGCUUCAAAGUUUAAAUAAAAAGCAAGCAAUUCAGAAUUUUGAUAGCAGUUUCAAAUCAUAUGUGAAUUUUUUUUUAUGGAUUAUAUUGUCUGCAAAUUUUUCAUAUGACUAUUUCCACUCAUUUAGGGAUGGUAUUUUGUAUACUUUUUCCCCUUUGUGUCUGUGUUACCCACAAGCUUCUGCUAACUCCUUGUCAGAGCAAACUUUUCUGGAGUAGAUGAAGUUAAAUAUUAUUCCUACCCAUUAAAGAUGCAAGAUGAGCUCAGAGGUCUAGGCAUAUUUCUAGCAUUGAAUGCACUACAAGAUUUAGCCCACAUAUAACCUGUACUGUACUUUAUAAACAGUUAUGGAAAAAAUAAAGCACUAAAAAAAAA